ACGUAAAUAUAUAUAUAUAUUGUUUAUUAAAUUAUUAAACAGAAAAUGAAAGACAGGUUUAUUCUAUAUCAUGGAGCCCAUGGACAUUCUCAUGGUGGCGACGCUUCACAUGCUUGCGAAUUUCAAGAAAUUAACGAAGCAAGUUCAGUUCUUAGAAUAUCAUCGGUUUUUGUAGUUUUAUUUUUUUCAUGUGUUGGCGUUUUUUUCCCGUUAUUUUCAUAUAAGAUAAAACCUUUUAAAAUAUCGGGGUUGUUAUAUUUAUUUGUAAAGCAUUUUGGUGCCGGUGUUAUUAUUGGAACAACACUUAUUCACUUACUCGAACCUGCUAUUGAAAAUUUAAGAUUUUCUCCAUGUCUCGUUGGAAUAUGGAGAGAAUAUGAUUUUUCUGGACUACUAAUUAUGGCUGGAAUACUUAUUAUAUUUUUAUUGAAAUUAUUUUCUUUAAGAUAUAUUAAUCCGAAAUUUUUUGAAAAACAUCCAUCUUCUACAUCAACAUUUCCUACGCAUGCUCCUGAUAAUGAUAAGGAUCUUGCGGAUGUUCAAAACGAUUCAUCAAAUAAUAUAAAAGAUGGUUUUCAAAAACAAACUCUGGAUAAAACUACUAUGAGGGAAAAUCUAAUAACAUUAUUUAUGCUCGAACUUGGAAUUAUUUUCCACUCUGUUAUUAUUGGUCUUACUGUAGCAGCUACGGGGAAAGAAAGAUUUGUAACUCUUUAUAUUGCGUUGAUUUUCCAUCAAAUCUUUGAGGGUCUUAGUCUUGGUGCUCGAAUAUUUGAUGCCGUUCACUAUAAUAAUAUGGUAAUUAGUUUUCUUUUUGCAAUUAUUUAUGCUAUAUCAACACCCGUUGCUAUUGCCAUUGGUCUUUUAAUUAAAGGUGCGAAUAAUCUGCAGUCAUCUACUGCCGUAGUUGUUUCUGGAAUUCUCAAUUCUCUUUCUUCAGGAAUAUUAUUAUAUUCAGGAAUAGCAGAUCUUCUUGCAAAUGAUUUUAUUAUUAAAACAGACCUUCGAAAUGGAAAAUUAGGAAAAUUGCUUUAUUCACUUUUUUGUGUUUUAUUAGGUUUCGCCGCUAUGGCUAUUACAGGAAGAUGGGUUUAAAAUCAAACCGUAUAAAUACGUCUUCUCUAUCUAGAUUAAAUUUAAA